UAAUGGCGUUCCUCUUGCGCAUUCGAACAUCGGAAUCUCUCGUCCAGAACGUGAUUCAAUUCCGAGUCGUAUCUACCACUUCAUCUACCCUCACGCUGAACUCCAAGACGUCGCUCACUAGCAAGCAGAAGAGUAGCCGGGAUGUUCUCUCCCUUCUCAGAACCGAGAAAAAUCCGGAUCGAAUCCUCGAAAUCUGCAGAUCCGCUUCCCUCACGCCUGAUUAUCACGUCGACCGUAUCGCCUUCUCCGUCGCGGUCGUGACACUGGCGAGCGAGAAACACUUCGCCGCCGUGUCUCAGCUUCUCGACGGAUUCAUCCAGAACCAACCAUAUCCCAAAUCAGAGAGUUUCGCCGUCCGCACCAUUAUUCUAUACGGCCGAGCGAAUAUGCUCGAUCGAUCUCUACAUACAUUUCGUGACCUCGAGCGGUACGAGAUCCCAAGGACGGUGAAGUCUUUGAAUGCUCUUCUCUUCGCUUGCUUAAUGGCGAAAGAUUACAAUGAAGCGAAACGUGUCUACCUAGAAAUGCCGAAGAUGUACGGCAUUGAACCUGAUCUCGAAACGUACAAUCGAAUGAUCAAAGUGUUCUGUGAAUCCGGUUCAACGAGUUCUUCAUACACCAUUGUUAAGGAGAUGGAGAGGAAAUGGAUAAAGCCUACAGCUGCUAGCUUCGGGCUUAUGAUCGCUGGUUUUUACAAGGAGGAGAAGAUGAGACCGAACUCUGUGACGUACUCCCAUUUGAUUCAUGGGUUUUGCAGCGAGGAGAAUUUGGAUGAGGCGUUGAAUCUGUUCGAAGGUAUGGUGAAAAGUGGAUACAAGCCUGAUAGUGAAUGUUACUUCACUCUGAUACGUUGCUUGUGCAAAGAAGGGGACUUUGAGACAGCUUUGAUCCUUUGUAAGGAGAGUAUGGAGAGGAACUGGGUUCCGAGUUUCAGUGUCAUGAAGUGGCUUGUCAAUGGACUAGCAAGUCUUUCGAAGGUUGAAGAAGCAAAGGAGCUUAUUUUGCUAGUGAAAGAGAAGAAUUUUGCCAGAAAUGUUGACUUGUGGAAUGAAGUUGAAGCCGAAUUGCCUCAGUGAAACAUGUUGCUGGCGAAGUAUUCAUUUUUCUCACUGAAGAUUCUUGAACAUGUUGUAUAUUAUUUGUCUUGUAACAUGUUUUUGGCUUGUUCUGUUUUGAUCUGCAAUAGAGUAUCGAUGAUCUAACCAUUCCAAUGAAUCUAUGUCGCCUGAACAAUGGAGUUACUCUUGAAACUUGAAUCCGAUA